CCCCACUCCUCCAGUCAGCAUCCACAGUGUGUCAGUGAGACAUCCCACUCCUCCAGUCAGCAUCCACAGUGUGUCAGUGAGACACUCCACUCCUCCAGUCAGCGCCCACUCUCCUGCGAGGGAGUGGGGAGCCCAUAAUUAUAAAGUAAAAACCUACAGAUGAAGAGUUUCCACAGCUGUUUGACGAGGACACUGUUUUUGUGAGUGGCUCUGAUUGCUAUACCACACUGUUGUUAAAAACGGACCGGAGAGGCUCCUGACGAAAGAGGCUACAGGUCUGUUCAGCCUAGAGCUGUUUGUGAUUGUUCUGUCUGUGCUGUGCUCUGAUUGGCUCUCCUGUGCUGCGCUCUGAUUGGCUCUCUUGUUGUUGACGCAGUCCCCAUGGUCCUCACUGAGAUUCGGACGGAAGAGGGCGUGGCCCUUCUGCAGCUGGUCAAUAACUCCGAAAGCCCCUCCAAUAAUUUGGGACUUUGUGUUAAACAAGGAAGGAGCCGCAGAUGCAUGGUGCUGAGCUCCAGUGUGAACCCAGUGAUGCAGAUUCCCCUGUACAGUGUCACCCCCUGCAUGUGUUUUGAGGUCUGGUGGAUCAGGAAAGAAGGCAAAGAGUCUGUGCGUCUCCCUCUCUGUCCCUUCCAGAACCACACAGAGUUCCUGCAGAACGUGUGGAACAACGUGACGGUGUCAGUAAGGGAGGUGAAGACGCGGACUAACGGCACAGCGAUCUCCUGGAACCUCACUGCCCCCUGCAGGCUGGAGGCCGACCUGUGGUUGUGUGAGCGCGCAGCAGGCAGGGGCUCUGGCUGCAGGGAGAUACAGGGCUCCAGGCAGCGGCUGCAGAACAUACAGGAAGCCCGUUCAUUAAAAGUUGGUUCACAGAGACGAGAUGAGUUCAUCGACGUUGACCCUCAUCCCUGGCUGUGCGUGCAGGCUGCCGUACAGGGGAUGGACAGAGCCCUUGGCCCCUGGUGUCCCUUCGCAGGCUCUCAGCCCCAGUGGGGUGCAAACCCCUCCAUCAGGGGUCACAUCCUGUCCGUCAGCUUGACCAAGCACGUCUCGCUGUGCAGGAGACAGGGGAACGACUGCCUCCCGCUCAACAUCACUCGCACAGAGCAGGGGGCCGAGGUGCAGGUCCGGCUCGGCGACCUGGGCUCGAGUGGCUGCGUGGAGGCCUGGAGAACCGACGUCCGUUUCUCACCCAGAGUUGUGAUCUGUCCCGCCGAUAUUGCCUACAGGGGGCGCUGGAGCCUGCCUGUCCUGGUCGGCCUGCUGCUGAUCUCCCUGACGGUGCUGGCGGCCUGUGUCCUGCAGGGCACACUGAAGAGUUGGGUGUUGAAAGUGUGCAAGCUUGAAGACAUCAAAGGAGCGGUGUGCCGAGGGCAGGUGGUGCUGCUGUAUCCCCCGGACGACGAGCCGGCUCUCCCGGCGCUGGUGUGCCGGCUGGGCUCUGCGCUGGCGGCGCUGGGCUUCUCCGUGUCGCUGGACCUGUGGAGCCAGGCGGAGCUGAGCGCUCUGGGCCCGGUGCCCUGGCUGCACGCCCGGCUGGGCCAGCUGCAGCGCCACGGCGGCAAGGUGGUUCUGAUCCUGACCCGGGGGGCCUGGGAGCGGGCCGAGGCCUGGGCCCGCGGGCGCCUCGUCCCCUCCGGCUCCCCGUACUCCGACGUCUUCAGCGCCUCUCUGAGCUGCAUCCUCGCCGACUGCCUGCAGGGCCGCGCCGGCGAGCGCUUCCUGCUGGCUCGGUUCGAGUCCGCUCCCCUGCUCCCCCUGCACGCCAGGGAGGGGUCCCACGGCACUGGCUCCCUGCUGCUCCCCGAAAUAUUCCGGGGGCUCCCCCUGUACAGCCUGCCCUCCCAGAGCCUGGGCUUCCUGACGGAGAUCUCGGGGCCACCCCCGCACCUCCCGGCCGGCAGCAGGGGCCCCAGCAGGGGGCGCCGCGCAGCUGGGCUCCGGGCAGCCUCCCGGGUGCUGGCGGGGCGUCUGCGUGGGGGCUGGGCCGGGGCCGGGGUGGGGUGCAGUCUGUCGGGGUGCUCCCAGGGCAGCGCGGGGUCCGGGCUGGGGCUCCACGAGGAAAUGUGGGAGACCGUCCCCCUGCAGCCCCACGGGACGCCGCACUGCACCCCCCCGUCCAGACUGGCGCACUGGGUGUGAGAGGCGGCAGGAGGAGGGGGCGCAGGGGGCUGGCGGAGAGGCCGGCAGGACUGUUCCCCCACUGUAGGUCUGUGUGCACCUCGAAUUCUCUCCGUCUUCCAGGAGCUCGCUCCGAGCGCCAGGUCUGGGGCUGGAACGCGAAGCUUUGAGAGCUGUCCUGUGAGCCACAGAGCGGGGGAGGCCGCGCUGGUCACCCCGAAACGGAAAGGAGGUCGUGGGCAGGGGCUGUACCCCGAUACAGAGAGAGACUGAGGAGGGGGGCGGGACGGGGGCAAGCGAGGGCCGACGGGGGGCUGUCCAGAGCGGGGUGGUGGGAGGGGGGCAAGCGAGGGCCAACAAUCGGAGAAGAGAAUGAAGCCGAGGUGUGUGUCGUCCUGAACGAGGAGAAUAAAAUGCUAAAAUUCCUUGGUAGCACUGUGUCCCCACCCUCUCCCCCUGCCUGAUGCUUCUGCUUUUCCCCUCCAACGUGAGUCCCAGUCUGUCCCCCCAGUCGGGCCCUGUCCAUCGUGCUGCCCUGCAGUGGACUGAGCAGCUGCAGGCGUCCUGCCUGUCCGGCUGCUGUGUGUGGACUCGGGGCCUCUGUCCGAGCGACGCUGCUGUGGACUCUCUCUGUUCUGUCGUGGCUGGGCGUGUACAUGCUGUGAAUAAGGACUGCUGCUGUUCUGUGUGGUCUGCUUGUGCACGGGGACUUUCAUUCUUCAACGCAACGUUGUGAAGCACGUUUUAAUAAAAAUAAAUAGAACAGAC